AUGACUAUUGCCAAAGACUCUCAGAGAGAGUACCGUUUACACAUUCUAAAGCAAUUAGAGGAAAAUGCAAGGCAUUUGGAAACACUAGACUAUUCAGGCUCUAAAGUCACUUUUCCACUAGACCAAGGCAUCCCCGAACCUGACCCCCAUGCUAAAGUGUUUUUCUUCGAUAUCGAUAACUGUCUUUACCACCGUUCUACCAACAUUCAUGAAAUAAUGCAGCAGUCUAUUCGUAGCUAUUUAAUAAAUGAGUUGAGUAUUGACGAAGACGAGGCAGAGACCUUGAAUCAGGGUUAUUACAAAGAAUAUGGGUUAGCCAUUAGAGGGCUGAUGAUGUUUCAUGGUAUAGAUGCAAUGGAAUACAAUAGAACGGUUGAUGAUUCAUUACCUUUGCAGCACAUCUUAAAGCCAGAUUUACAGUUGAGAAAAGUUUUGUAUGAGCUAAGGCAAAGAGGACACAUCGAUAAGAUGUGGUUAUUUACGAAUGCUUACAAACACCAUGCCCUAAGAGUGGUUAGAAUACUUGGGAUUGCAGAUUUGUUUGAUGGUAUUACUUACACGGAUUACAAUGUUGGGCCAAAUUCAUUAAUUUGUAAGCCUGAUCCUAGAGCGUUUGAAAAGGCCAAAUUGGAAAGUGGGCUAGGUGAUUAUUCCAACGCAUAUUUCAUUGACGAUAGCGGCAAUAAUGUUGAACAGGGACUUUUACUAGGAAUGAGCAAAUGCAUUCAAGUUGUGGAAGAUAAUCAUGUGGAUGAAAUUUUGGGUAAUAUUCCAAUGGGGGCCCUGUUGGUAAAUUCAGUUUCGGAUCUGCCAAGAGCAGUUCCAGAAUUAUUCAAAUAG